AUGUUCUCUAAAGGGUUCACCGCGGCCACCCUGGCCACUCUUCUCGCUGGUGGCCAGCUUGCGUCAGCUCACAUGGAGAUCAAGGAGCCGGCUCCCUUCCGGUCAAAGUUCAACCCCAAUGUGGGCCCCGAAAAAGUUGACUACACCAACACGGCGCCGCUCGCCGGCGACGGGUCCAACUACCCUUGCAAGGGUUACCACAAGACUGAUCUUGGCAACAAGGAAGGCAAGCCCACCGCCACCUAUGCUCCCGGCCAGUCUUACACGUUCGAGGUCACUGGCGGUGCUGCCCACAACGGAGGCUCUUGCCAGGUUAGCUUGAGCUUCGACCAGGGCAAAACCUUCACUGUCAUCCAGUCCAUCAUCGGCGGCUGCCCCCUGUCGUCCACCUACCCUUUCACUAUUCCCGCUGAUGCCCCCGAGGGCGAGGCCAUCUGGGCAUGGACCUGGAGCAACUUUUCCGGUAACCGCGAGCAAUACAUGAACUGUGCCGCAGUUAUGAUUAGCGGCAGCGCCAAGAAGCGAGAUGCCAGCAAGAGGCGCGAGGCCAUCAAGGCUAGCAAGCGUGCCGAGGCAUUCUCAGCGCUUCCUCAGGUCUUCGUCGCCAACAUCGGCAACGACUGCAGAACCACCGAGGGCACUAACGUGGUCUUCCCGAACCCCGGCCCGAAUGUCAUCAACAACGGCGGCCCCCAGGCCCCGCCCGAAGGCAACUGCGGUCCUGUUGCUGCUAAUCCGCUUCCUUCUCCUUCUUCUGGCAACGGAGGCGGCUCGUCGCCCAGCUCGACGCCCAGCUCGACACCCAGCUCGACCAAGGUGGCUCCUAGCUCAACCGCAGGGGCUUCGCUCCCCACCGCAGGGCCUGUUGAGCCUCCCAAGGUGACCGAUAUUCCUGGUGGCGUCUUCCUCACCACCCCAUCUGAGAGCUCGACUUCGACUACUGUGAGCCCCCCGGCCGCCACCGGCGGCGCUGGCUCCGGCUCCGGCUCCGGCUCCGGCUCUGGCUCUGGUUCCGGCUCUGGCUCCGGCUCUGGCUCUGGCGCCGGUGGGUACGCUGUCGGCACGGCCUGCUCGUCCGAGGGUGCGUGGAACUGCAUCGGCGGCAACGCUUUCCAGCGUUGCGCCAGUGGUGCGUGGUCGGCGGUCAUGCAGAUGGCUGCCGGCACCACCUGCCAAUCCGGUGAGGCCGAGUCACUCAAGAUGGUCACCAGCAAGCUCCGUACGCGGAGGCGACAGGGCUCUCGGAUCCAGCUCUGA